UUUUAAUUUCCAUACACAUUACACUAUUCUCAUUUCCCUCACACUCAUCAAUCAAUAACUCCAGUACACUUAACAUGGACGCCCAGUCCCACCCGCAUAGCGACGGCGGCGGCUCUUCCUCUGCCGAGGCUGCCCCUCGGCGUAAAUGUACGGGGAAGCGAGCGGCGCCAGAGUCCGGAGCUACACCACCUCCGGCGGCUCCGGUGGCGGCCAUCACAAUACAAGCCCCUUGCGGUGCAUGCAAGUUCCUGAGGAGGAAAUGCGUGAGUAGUUGCAUCUUUGCCCCCCAUUUUGGCUCCGAUCAAGGGGCCGCCCGCUUCGCCGCCGUCCACAAGGUGUUCGGCGCCAGCAAUGUCUCCAAGCUUCUCUUGCACAUCCCGGCAAACCGCCGCCACGACGCCGUCGUCACCAUCUCCUACGAGGCUCAAGCCAGGCUCUCCGACCCCGUUUACGGUUGUGUCUCAACAAUCCUAGCCUUGCAGCAACAGGUGGCAUCUCUUCAAGCAGAGCUUGCAAUGGUACAAACACAGAUAAUGAACAGCAGAUUUGCAGUAGCAAAUGCCCUUCAGACUUCUCAACAGCAGCAACAACAACAACAACAGCAACAUGCAGUAGCAGCAGCAGUGUUGCAGCCUGCAUAUUCCAAUACUUCAUCUGCUUCAAACAACCUGCUAAACAUAAGUAACUUCAGCUCCAAUUUCGACCUCGUCGGAGAAACCACUGGCGCCCCCCAUAAUUCACACUGUUUUGACCCCAUUGUUCAGCUCUCACACCCCUCCCAGGAGGAAGAGGAAGAUGAAGAACAGAGCCAUAACCCCAUUGCAUUUACCAAUCACAUGUUCCGUUAGUUAAAGCUCAUCAGAUCAGUAGUAUCUCGGCUUUUAACCUUUCUUGAGGAAUAAUAAUAUGGAAUCCAAAAUUUGGAGAAAAGAAAAUCAUACAAUGUCAGCCAGAGUUUUUCUCUUUUUCGUUUUGGUUUUUGUUUUUUUCCUGUCAUGUAGUUAAUACCAUUGACAUUGAAUCAAGCUGAGUGUUCAACAAUACUGAGCUCUGUUGUUCAAAGCAAUUCAUUUUGUGUUUU